GUUUUGAGGGAUCACCCACAAACUCCACAAGUGUCACAAGUCAUAACUCGUUAGAGAGAGUUUGUGUGUGUUUUUGUGUGUCACCUUGGUGCAUACAACACAAGAUGGAGGACCAAAAUGGUAGUGGUAAGUUGAGCCAAGGGCUUCGCAAGGUGAAGCCUUACCUUGCUAUAUUGUCCCUUCAGUUUGGCUACUCAGGGAUGUAUAUCAUCACUAUGGUUUCUUUCAAGCAUGGCAUGAGUCAUUGGAUACUCUCAGUGUACCGUCAUGUAGUUGCUGCUAUUAUAAUAGUCCCUUUUGCACUUGUCCUUGAAAGAAAAAUAAGACCAAAGAUGACUCUUCCCAUCUUCCUGAGGAUAGUGGCACUUGGUUUCCUUGAGCCAGUGCUAGAUCAGAACUUGUACAACAUGGGGAUGAAGAUGACCUCAACAACGUUUGCAUCUGCCACUGUUAAUGUCCUCCCGGCCAUUACUUUUGUAAUGGCACUCAUUUUCAGGCUAGAGAAGGUGAACUUGAGAAAAUUUCACAGUGUAGCCAAAGUCAUUGGAACCCUUAUAACAGUUUCAGGAGCUAUGGUUAUGACUCUGUACAAAGGCCCUGCCUUCCAAAUCAUAAAGGGUGGAGGAGCCAUCAGCAACCAUAGCAACUCUAGCAGUACUAGUACCACCGAACCCUCUGACCAGCACUGGAUAGUUGGAACUGUUUAUCUCAUAUCAAGUUGUGCUAGUUGGGCUGGCUUCUUCAUUUUGCAAUCAUUCACUUUGAAGAAGUACCCGGCAGAGCUCUCACUGACAGCUUGGAUUUGUGUGAUGGGUAUUAUUGAGGGUUCAAUCGCAUCCCUUAUAUUUGAACGAGACUUCAGUGUAUGGGCCAUAGGCUGGGACUCAAGACUUCUUGCUUGUGUUUACUCUGGGGUGAUUUGUUCUGGAAUGGCAUACUAUGUACAAGGGGUUGUAACCAGGGAACGUGGACCAGUGUUUGUGACUUCUUUCAGCCCUCUAUGUAUGAUUAUCACCGCAGCAUUGGGUUCCCUUGUCUUAGCCGAACAAGUUCAUCUAGGAAGUAUAUUUGGGGCCAUUCUCAUUGUGUGCGGACUUUACACUGUGGUGUGGGGCAAAAGCAAAGACCGUAAGAGCACAACAGAAAUAGAGAAAGGCGAAAGCCAAGAAUUGCCAAUAAAGAACGGUACAAAAUCAGCGUCAGACAUAUUUGAUGGCAUUGAAAUCAAUGUUCCUGCUGAGGUGUUGAAGAAAGGAGGAGGGAAAAAUGUCCCACCAGCAACAACAACAACAACAACAUCAUGAAGGUCCUUUUAUAGGACUAGCACUAUAAAUUUUCCUAUUAGCUUAAGCUAGAUUGAGGUCAAGAAAGAUUUUGUGCAAUGUGAAAAUCUUUAUCUACCUCACUAGCUUCAUUUUCAUUGCGCCUUUCUUGUUUUCCUUUAACUUUAUUCCGUGUUUGAGAAAGUAUAAUGUCACUCAAUCAAAUAAUGCAAUAAUUAAUGCCAUUGUCUCUGUUUUUUGUA